AUGCCUUCCUCUACGAAUGGACAUCUCCCAGAUACCAUUAAGGCCGCUCAAUACUCCCCAAAAAGUAACUCCUUAUCAGUCAAUGAAGUACCUUUACCGAAACCCGGCAAAGAUCAACUUCUCAUCAAAGUCGCCUCUGCUUCACUAUGUCACAGCGACCUGAUGCUCUUAGAACCUAAUGAGGCUGGAAUUGUUCUAGGCGACGGUAGGCCCGUGACGAUAGGACAUGAAGCAACUGGUACAAUCGUCAGCGUCCCUGAAUCAUGUACAAACCCGACUUUGAAAGUCGGAGCAAAGAUAGGAUUUUUAUGUCCAGAGAACUGUUGCUACGAAUGUGACGGCUGUCAGAUUCACAACGCAUGGUGUAAAGACGGGAAAACCACCAUGGGCGGAUUUGGACAUGAUGGGUUUUUUGCAGAGUAUGCAACAAGUCAUUGGAGAAACGCAAUAGUCUUACCAGAGAACUUGGAUCUUUACGAAGCUGCUCCUUUGUUUUGUGCGGGUGUGACCAGCUGGCAAGGUGUGACUGGCGCUGAGAUAAAUCCUGGGGAGUGGAUGGCUAUCGUGGGAUGUGGUGGACUGGGCCAUCUUGGCAUACAAUACGCAAAAGCUCUUGGCUACAAAGUCGUUGCCAUUGACCUCGUGGACAGUCAGCUUGAAGAAGCGAAAGCCUCAGGAGCAGAUCACACAUUCAACCCCAAGAACGAUAGAGACUACCUCUCCAAAGUCAAAGAACUCACCGGUGGCGGAUGUCACGCCGCUGUCAAUUACACCAAUUCCACAAUGGCGUACGACUCUACACCAGGUCUUCUGAGAAUCGGCGGGAUCAUGAUGGUAGUAGGUAUACCACAAAAGGGUGUCACACUCAACGCUCUUGAUGUUGCGCUAGGAAAGUAUAGGAUUAAGGGCGCGAGUAACUCAGUUCCCCAGAAGAUGGGCCCUUGCAUCGAAUUUUCAGCAAAGCACAAUAUUCGACCACAUGUUACUUUCCACAAGCUGGAUCAGAUCAACGAGAUGGUUGAGACUAUGCAUGCUGGAAAGGCUAGAGGGAGAUUGGCUGUCAAGUUCGAAUAA